GGAGUUGUUGGACAGCCAUUGCAGUGUCGUGGCUCAGUAACAAAACACGAAAGAGGAGAGGAAGAUCUGGCAUCUCGCAGGCUCUCUUUUUUUUUGGACCGAGAGACCAACUUACAUGACUAUUGGAGCAAACACACUCGGUAAAUUAAUCUACACCUAAAUAGCGGGAUUCAACAGCUCCGGAUAUGUCAUUCCUGUUUGAUUGGAUUACUACAGGUUUCAAUAGCGUACUACAGUUUUUAGGACUGUACAAGAAAUCCGGCAAGUUAGUAUUUCUUGGCCUGGACAAUGCUGGCAAAACGACGCUACUGCACAUGCUCAAAGAUGACAGAUUGGGACAGCAUGUGCCAACUUUACACCCAACCUCAGAAGAGCUGACGAUCGCUGGCAUGACUUUCACCACCUUUGACCUUGGAGGCCAUGCACAAGCUCGCAGAGUGUGGAAAAACUACCUCCCUGCCAUUAAUGGCAUUGUCUUCCUUGUGGAUUGUGCAGACCACACCAGAUUGGCCGAAUCAAAAGCAGAACUUGAUGCAUUAAUGACAGACGAGACCAUCGGAAACGUGCCUAUCCUGAUCCUGGGCAACAAGAUCGACAGACCAGAGGCCAUCAGCGAGGAGAAGCUGAGGGAAAUUUUUGGAUUAUAUGGACAAACGACAGGCAAGGGCAACAUUCCCAUGAAGGAGCUGAACACAAGACCACUGGAGGUGUUCAUGUGCAGUGUGUUGAAGAGGCAGGGCUACGGCGAGAGCUUCCGCUGGCUCUCCCAGUACAUCGACUAAAGCAGCCAAGCCCUUAACACACCGACAUCACCACCACCACCACCACCACCACCAUUGGGGGGGGCGCGAAAUCCAACCACUCAAGACGCCCACCGUCGCCACCAUCAUACUCAGCCCCAUGUUUGGUUAAUCAAGUCUGACUCCACCAUCAGAGAAACCAGUACAACUUGAUCCCAAUAGACUUUUAUUGGUCGAACAUUUGGUUCCGCACUUACAGCAUUCAUACAUGUAUGCGCACAUACACGUUCGUUUCCAUCUCUCUUUCUUGUUUUGUUCUUUUUUUUUUUUUUUAAGAGAGAAACAUAGCAUUGGUUCCACAGCAAAGGGUGUUCAAAUUCAAACGGAUGAAUCUUUUCUAUAUUGUGUCUGUCGUUUGCUGCCCUCUCUCUCCCUCCCUUCCUGCCAUCUGUUGAGUGUGAUGAUAGAUGCAUUAUAACUGUAAAUCUGUAUAUGAUUUCAUUGGUAUAUCAACAAUCCUCUCCACCUCCUUCCCCCUCCCCCCCUUCAGCUCAUUUUGAGCAAUGAGAGCAAGCAACAUAGUUGUAUACAUUGCAGUACACUUUUUUAACAGUAAAGACAUUCAUUCAACAUUGUAUUUAAUCACCGUGUUUUGGUUUGUCCUGUUUGUUUUUUUUCCCUUUGUUUUUUUUGUUUUUGUUUACAUGGUUUCAAUAAUCAAGAGUUGUGGCCACGUACUCAGCCCUCACUAUAGAUGUGUGGCUGUUUCACCCAUUUGUUAAAAUGGACCAGUGCAUUUAUCUUAGUGUAUCAGAAAUUAGAUCCAUUUGUUUAGGUUACUUGGAAGUUAAACUGUUUUUGUUCCAGGCUUCUGUCUCAUGGGCACAGAAGCACUGAAUGGAUCCAAAUAGUCAGCGGGCUCCCUUUUUAAAGAGAAGCAUGGGGUGGUAGUAUAACUAAUUGGAGGAGAUUUUUAAUAGGAAAUAAUACUGGCUAUAACUCUGGCAAGGUUUGAUGAAAUUGUGUAGAUAGCACAAUGGUCAGCUGAUGCAAAGGAAACUAUUUAAGUGAAUAAAACCUUGCAAUAAAUAGCUUCAUAAUAACAUGCAGUAAGAGACGAAGGGAGGAAUGAGGGAGGAACGGUUGUAACAUCGAGUAGUCGUCAAUAUUAGAAGUCCAUACUACAGAUGUAUUUUCCAGCUCAGAACCUUUUUACAGGGUGAAUUUAGUGACCAAGUGAAAGACACAGUCCCACAGUGGGAACAGAUAGGCCUAAGAAAGGGACCAUAUAUAUAUGAAAUGUACAUGAUCAUCGUACAUGGAUUUUGUAUUUAUAUGUGGUAUCCUUUGAUCUAUGUGCAUUACCAGAAACUAUUAUGCAUGCCUUGUUCUUUUUAAUUUUUAAUGACCAUUAUUGCAGAGUACAACAGAAGGAACGAAGAUGCCAAAAUUUACAAUGAAAGAUGAUUGUCAUGCUUUUUUUUUUUUUUUUUUUUGUUUUUGUUUUUUCUUUUUUUUUUACAGGAAACAAUGGAAUUGCGCAUAAUACACACUUUUUCUGUCCCUGUCCCUUUGUGUCUCUUUCAUUCCCUCAUGACUACGUGAUGAGCUGUUCCAACAAGGGUGGGACUUGCUGUUGUUUGCAUCAUAAAAAAUGUAAUAAAUGUUUGCAAUGAAUAACAGGCUUUAACAUUGA